AUGAAGUUCCCUCAGCCAUGUGGGACCGUGGGUGAUGGACAGGGUCUCCCCAGCAACUUGGAGCACUCUGGAAGGUAUAAUUGGGCUUAUCUGACUCCUGCAAAGCUGAAGAUUCGGGAUGUGGGACUUCAGACGAGAAGCAGUGUUGGCGGUAAGCCACAUUUCACGCUGGAGGGUCACAAGUUCUGGAUCUUCGGGGGUUCCAUACACUACUUUCGGGUGCCUAGGGCAUACUGGAAAGAUCGAUUGCUGAAGCUGAAGGCCUGCGGCUUCAACACCCUCACCACCUAUGUUCCGUGGAACCUCCAUGAGCCAGAAAGAGGCAAAUUUGACUUCUCGGGGAACCUGGAUCUGGAAGCCUUCAUCUGGAUGGCUGCAGAAGUUGGGCUGUGGGUGAUCCUGCGUCCAGGCCCCUAUAUCUGCAGUGAGAUUGACCUUGGGGGAUUACCCAGCUGGUUGCUACAAGACCCUGACCUAAACCUGAGAACAACUGACAAGGGCUUUGUUGAGGCAGUGAACCGGUAUUUUGAUCACCUGAUUCCAAGGAUGGUCCCCCUGCAGUACCACUGGGGAGGCCCUGUCAUUGCUGUGCAGGUGGAGAAUGAAUAUGGCUCAUACAAUAAAGACAAAAACUACAUGCUCUCUAUGAGACAGGCACUACUGAAUAGAGGGAUCUUUGAGCUGCUUUUGACCUCAGAUAAUGAGAAAGACGUGCACAAGGGCUACAUAAAAGGAGUGUUGGCCACCAUCAAUAUGAAGGCACUCAGCAAUGGUUCUUUUAGACUGCUUAAAAAAGUGCAGGCUAAACAGCCCACAAUGAUUAUGGAAUUCUGGGUUGGAUGGUAUGACACGUGGGGAGAGCCACACUUGGUUAGAGAUGCAAAGGAAGUUGAACAAACAGUGCUGAAAUUUUUCAAUUCCGAGAUCUCCUUCAAUGUAUACAUGUUCCACGGUGGAACCAACUUCGGAUUCAUGAACGGGGCUAUGGAUUAUGGGAAACACAAAAGUGUUGCCACAAGCUAUGAUUAUGAUGCCUUGCUGACAGAAGCAGGAGAUUACACAGAAAAAUAUUUCAAGCUUCGAGAACUCUUUCGAUCCACCUUAGCAAUUCCCCUGCCUCCCUUACCUGACCUUGUUCCCAAGGCUGUGUAUCCUGCUGUGAGACCUUCAUCGUAUUUGCCCCUGUGGGAAGCCCUGAGGUACUUGGAUGAGCCAGUGAAAUCUAUUCUACCAAUCAACAUGGAGAAUCUUCCCAUAAACAAUGGAAGUGGUCAAUCCUAUGGAUUUGUGCUCUAUGAGACUUCUAUAUGCUCUGGGGGUUACCUAUCUGCUUCUGCUCAAGAUAUGGCCCAGGUAUUUUUGAAUGACAAAAUUAUAGGAUUUCUGAAUGAUAUAAUUCAGAAAAUGAAUAUUCCCCAAUUCACGGGAUGCCAACUUUUGAGGAUCCUUGUGGAGAAUCAAGGACGAGUCAAUUAUUCAUGGAAAAUGGAAGAGGAACGGAAAGGUAGGCUCUGGGCCGGGGAAGAAGUCCUAGCUUCUUCAAUAGUUGGAGGGGCUUUCUUCUUCUUCACUAUUAGCUCUUCUCUCAGGCUCCGUUCCGCCACCUGGAAGCCUAUCCCAGAGGGAUAUUUUGGCCCUGCCUUCUACCGUGGUACACUGAGGGCUGGCCCAUCUCCCAAGGACACCUUUCUAAGACUGCUGAAUUGGACAUGUGGGUUUGUGUUUGUCAAUGGACAUAACCUUGGGCGAUACUGGAAUAUUGGGCCUCAGCAAACACUUUACCUUCCUGCGGCCUGGCUUCAUCCUGAAGACAAUGAAGUCAUCCUGUUUGAGACAUUACUGAGUGGCUCAGAAGUCCAGUCCGUGAAAAGCCCAAGCUAUAAGAAACUGUUUUAACAUAUUUUGUGGACAAUUCGAGUUAAUCUACAAGUAGUUUUUUUCAGGAAUAAGUGUUAUACCAAAAAUACCAAACACAGAUUGCUUAUGAUAGCAAAGUGAAAAAAAUUAGUAACAAUUAGAGAAUUGUUAUGUCAAUUACUAACUUUAGACCUAAGAUGUUCAAAAGAUUUAAUGGCUUUAAAGACAUAUUUUUAAUAGGUCCUUAUUUUUGAAUCAAAUGUGGUUUGAUGCAGAUUUGAAUAAAACCAAAGUUUUAUUUUUACCUGCCCACAAUCAAUUGAGAGGAAGGGAAGGAUCUCCUGCCACAUGAUGGAGACUAAUUACCUCUCUCUCCAUCACAGAAAGAGCCCUGCACAUGCUGGCUGGUUACUUCACUCCAGUGUGUUCUCCUAUGUGUACGUGGGGGAUGGUAAAUAAACAGUGUCUCUACCUUGUCCUCCAGGUUGUGUGUCUCCAAGGUGGCUUGAAAGGUCACAUUCAAUUAGGGAAG